GUUUACACCUCUUUUUGGAACUCGUUUAUUUACCGAAAAAGCAAACAGCCAAAUACCAUGGAUGUAGCAGAUGCUCAAGUCGGCCAGCUGCGCGUCAAAGACGAGGUGGGCAUCCGCGCCCAGAAGCUGUUCCAGGAUUUUCUCGAGGAGUUCAAGGAGGACGGCGAGAUCAAGUACACGCGGCCGGCGGCCAGUUUGGAGUCGCCCGAUCGCUGCACCCUCGAGGUGAGCUUCGAGGAUGUGGAGAAGUACGACCAGAACCUGGCGACGGCCAUCAUCGAAGAGUACUACCACAUCUACCCAUUCCUGUGCCAAUCGGUGUCCAACUAUGUCAAGGAUCGCAUCGGCUUGAAGACCAGCAAGGACUGCUAUGUGGCUUUUACGGAGGUGCCCACGCGUCACAAGGUGCGCGAUCUGACCACCUCCAAGAUCGGCACGCUGAUCCGCAUUUCCGGCCAGGUGGUGCGCACGCAUCCCGUUCAUCCAGAGCUCGUUUCGGGCACGUUUAUGUGUCUGGACUGCCAGACGGAGAUCCGGAAUGUCGAGCAGCAGUUUAAGUUCACCAACCCGACCAUUUGCCGGAAUCCCGUCUGCUCCAAUCGUCGUCGCUUCAUGCUGGACGUGGAGAAGAGCCUGUUCUUGGACUUCCAGAAGAUACGCAUCCAGGAGACACAGGCGGAGCUGCCACGGGGCUGCAUACCGCGCGCCGUGGAGAUUAUCCUGCGCUCGGAGCUGGUGGAGACCGUCCAGGCCGGUGAUCGUUACGACUUCACCGGUACCCUGAUUGUCGUCCCAGACGUCAGUGUGCUGGCCACGGCAGGCACCAAGACGGAAACGGGUUCUCGCCACAAGCCCGGCGAGGGCAUGGAGGGUGUGACCGGCUUGAAAGCUCUUGGAAUGCGUGAGCUUAACUACCGCAUGGCCUUCCUCGCUUGCAGCGUUCAGGCCACAACGGCUCGGUUUGGUGGCACGGAUCUGCCCAUGUCGGAGGUCACCGCAGAGGACAUGAAGAAGCAGAUGACGGACGCCGAAUGGCACAAGAUCUACGAGAUGUCCAAGGACCGAAAUCUGUACCAGAAUCUUAUCAGCAGCCUCUUUCCAUCGAUCUAUGGAAAUGACGAGGUGAAGCGAGGCAUACUCCUGCAGCUGUUUGGCGGCGUGGCCAAGACCACUACGGAGAAGACCUCCCUGCGUGGCGAUGUCAAUGUGUGCAUCGUGGGCGACCCGAGUACGGCCAAGUCGCAGUUCCUCAAGCAGGUCUCGGAUUUCUCGCCACGUGCUAUUUAUACCUCCGGCAAGGCCUCAUCGGCGGCGGGUCUGACAGCUGCCGUGGUUCGUGACGAGGAGAGCUUCGACUUUGUGAUUGAGGCGGGCGCCCUGAUGUUGGCAGACAAUGGAAUCUGCUGCAUUGACGAGUUCGAUAAGAUGGAUCAGCGCGACCAGGUGGCCAUACACGAGGCCAUGGAGCAGCAGACCAUUUCGAUUGCUCGUGCCGGCGUCCGGGCCACCCUGAAUGCCCGCACAUCGAUUCUGGCCGCCGCCAACCCGAUCAACGGUCGCUACGAUCGCUCCAAGAGCCUGCAGCAGAAUAUACAACUCUCGGCACCGAUUAUGUCCCGCUUUGAUCUCUUCUUUAUCCUGGUCGACGAGUGCAACGAGGUGGUGGACUAUGCCAUUGCCCGUAAGAUUGUCGAUCUGCACUCGAACAUUGAGGAGUCUGUGGAGCGGGCCUACACCCGCGAAGAGGUGCUGCGCUAUGUGACCUUUGCCCGUCAGUUCAAGCCUGUUAUAGGUCAGGAGGCCGGUCGCCUGCUCGUGGAGAACUAUGGACACUUGAGGCAACGCGACACAGGCACGGCGGGGCGAAGCACCUGGCGGAUUACGGUGCGCCAGCUGGAGUCCAUGAUACGGCUGAGCGAGGCCAUGGCCAAGCUGGAGUGCUCCAAUCGUGUGCUCGAACGACACGUCAAGGAGGCCUUCCGGCUGCUCAACAAGUCCAUCAUCCGCGUGGAACAGCCCGACAUCCAUUUGGAUGAUGAUCAGGACCAGGCUCUCGAUAUGGAUAUUGAUGAUGGCAUUCAGCCAGACCUGGAUAUGGAGAACAAUGGAGCUGCCGCCAAUAUUGACACCGAGGGAGGGGCCUCUGUUCCGCAAAAGAAGAAGUUCACGCUGUCGUUCGAGGAUUACAAGAACCUCUCCACAAUGCUGGUGCUGCACAUGCGCGGCGAGGAGGCACGCUGCGAGGUGGAGGGCACCGACACCGGCAUGAAGCGCAGCGACGUUGUCACUUGGUAUCUGGAACAGGUGGCCGAGCAGAUCGAGUCCGAGGAUGAGCUUAUCUCGCGCAAGAACCUCAUCGAGAAGCUAAUCGAUCGCCUGAUCUACCACGACCAAGUGAUCAUUCCCCUCAAGACCAGCUCGCUGAAGCCGCAAUCUAAAGGUAAGGGCGACGAGGAGCCGCCGACCGAAGACGAUCCGCUGUUGGUGGUGCAUCCCAACUACAUUGUGGAGUAACAUCCGCCACUUUCAAUUUUUUUUCCAUUAUUGUUAGUCCUAAGCCUAGACCUAAGCUAAGAGUCGUCCAAAUAAAGGUUAAUCUCUA